GUUGAACCCAACCUAGACAAGGUGGCCAAAAUUCAAUUUGUUCUUUUUAACCAAACUUCAUCUCUUUGGUGUCCAGCGCAGGGUGCACCAGCACCAUUUAUAGUUUGGAGAAAGAACGGCAUCAUGGUACAGAACAGUACAAGUAUCAAAUAUCAAUUGACCAUUACUGAAGAAAACAACGACAAGUACAGCUGUGAAGUGAAGAAACAGGAUGAUCUUGACAAGGAAGAAAUCCGUCUUGUCAUUGAAAGUGAGUUUUUUUCACAAAAAAAUUAAGUGGAGUAAGUUUUAAAAGAAACUGUGGUGCAGCUGGUCGACCCAAUGACAUAUUUGUUUUGUCUUACACUGGAAUGGUAUCAAGCGUUCACGAGAUAACUAGAUGGCAGCUAUCAUUCAAAGUAUUCUAAUGCACACAUUCAGAGAGUACCACUAAAGAGCCUCAUUAACUCUCAGUCAGUACAUUUAUAUCGUCUUGCUUUAUUUUAGGGUGCCCAGAUCCCUGCCGAUGUACAAUUGCAGUUGGAAUCAUAGGCACAGCUACUCGCAUUGAGUGUCGAGGAAAACACUUACAGUCAGUUCCACGGCACUUGCCCUUUUCUACAGCGAAAUUGUAAGCGUUUUAACUCUCCUUCUUUUAGGCUUUUAGGAGGUGGCCGGAGCAGGUGACCGGAGUAGGCUUGGUAUCAAACUUGGCCUCAGAAUUAUAAGGAAAACUAGGAAGAAUCUAUCAUACGUUUUCGGAAAAAAGGUUCUCUUCUAACACCUCUAAUGGUGAAAAUGACCGUCAUUGUCAGUGUUAGAAGUCACUGAUAUUUUUGACAGAGUAAAUGGAAGAGAGUCAUCCGCUGAAGUGAGGUAAAGAGCCCUUUGAACAGACUUCUGUCAGAGAAUGUUUAAAGCCACAGGCCUUUUACAUGUUAAUUGUUUGCAACUUAAACAUAGCUAUAGAAACGAACCGAAUUCCCAAAUGUUACCGACGAUUUUAAUGUGACAUUUUUUGGCUACGUGAUUUUAGUAGUUUAUAACAUCUAGAGCGAAUUUUUCAAAUUCGCUUCACUAUUCUAGCUUUUAACAUUGCCUUGUCAAAACCGCUCUUCUCGAUUAUGAGUAUGAAUAUCAUUAAUUACAUAGAAAUAGUGGAGAGUUUCUUUUAUUUUAUUUUAAAAAAGGCUAAAUAAGAACGAUUCUUGAAAUUCAGUUAGCAUCAAGCAAAUUGGACAAUAAGCUGAGAUUUACUUUUAGGCAAACGUCUUUGUUGUGUGAAAGAUCCUCGAAUAAUAUUAGCUUUCACGAUGAUGUAAUCUAUUUUUCUGAGUUUAUUUGUUUUAUUUGCAUAUGGGAGAUUUCCUGCAUGGCCGGUGCUAGUAAGAGAAAUUUUUUUUUAUACUGCAAACCUGGUAAUUGACUGAUGUACAAUUUCUCUCCGGCAAUUUCCAAAGCAACGCGAUAAAUUCGACGCAAAACUAGCUGAAAAAUGAUAAUGAACUUGGAAAAAUAAGGCACAAACUGCAAAGAAAACGUUGAAAAAUCAUUUUGAACCUUAUGUGAAUGUUGUCGUAAAAACUUGCGUGGAAACCAGAUAAAGAGGAUAUCAGCUGAAGUCUUCAAAAACAACUCCAAGUUAGCCUUCUUGUAAGUAACCAGUAAACAUUAAAUCUAUUAUUAGUUUGGUCUCGAUUCACCCGCCAUUUUCGAAGAGUUAUGUCACUUACUAACUCUGUGAGAAAAAGGUUUUCUAGCCGAUUAGUUUUUGAUAUGUGUCUGGAACGCAUUUUAAAAAAUGCAUAACUAAAAUCCAUGAUGUAUCCUUUUUGUAGGAGCUUAGCAAGGAACCAGAUAAAGGAGCUACCAGCGGGAGUUUUCACUAACAACAACAAGUUGCUCAACUUGUGAGUAGGAAGACUAAAAGUUCAUAGUCGACCUAUAUAUUUUUACUGUAAAAUCCUUCUCCAAACUCUUGUUAAUUCUAAAAAACUCAAAUAUUAUCGAACGACAACAAGUUGCCUAAUAAUUUAGUUACUAAUGAGUCAAGCCACAAUCGUUUUGACAGAGAACCUUACUUUUUAGUUGAUCACUGAUCUAGGGUACCACAAGAUAUAUAUGUCAGCGACUGGGAAUGAUUCCAUCACGUUUAUAUCCGUCUACGACGUAAACCAAACAAGUUCAGUAGUCGGUAUACCCUUCUUGAGAGGGAUUAGGUUAUGUCCACUUAAAUUCCCUUUCGCAUUAUAGGUAUUUUAACACGUUAUGCGUUCUUAUGUAAUGGUAUGACGCAGUUUUAUCAAAAAUUACAGAUUUUUAGGCCAAAACAAGAUCAAAAACUUGCUUGGUAAUUUAUUUUCUGUAUUGCUAAACCCGCACUAGUUGUAAACAAAGAGUGGUUGUUUUACAUUACCUAUUGCGUAAUCGUGUCGAAACGAAUAAUAAUGUCGAUAAUAGUGUAAAACACAAACCGAUUACUGUGCAAGUACCCACCAUGAUAAUGAACAUGGAAAAAAUAUGGCACAAACUGCAAAGAAAACGUUAAAAAACCAUUUUGAAUCUUAUGUUAAUGUUGUCGUAGAAACUUGCGUGGAAACCAGAUAAAGAGGAUAUCAGCUGAAGUCUUCAAAAACAACUCCGAGUUGGCCUUCUUGUAAGUAACCAGUAAACAUUAAAUCUAUUAUUAGUUUGGUCUCGAUUCACCCGCCAUUUUCGAAGAGUUAUGUCACUUACUAACUCUGUGAGAAAAAGGUUUUCUAGCCGAGUAGUUUUUGUUAUGUGUCUGGAACGCAUUUUAAAAAAUGCCUAACUAAAAUCCAUGAUGUAUCCUUUUUGUAGGAGCUUAGCAGGGAACCAGAUAGAGAAGCUACCAGCGGGAGUCUUCACUAACAACAACAAGUUGCUCAACUUGUGAGUAGAAAGACUAAAAGUUCAUAGUCGACCUAUAUAUUUUUACUGUAAAAUCCUUCUCCAAACUCUUGUUAAUUCUAAAAAACUCAAAUAUUAUCGAACGACAACAAGUUGCCUAAUAAUUUAGUUACUAAUGAGUCAAGCCACAAUCGUUUUGACAGAGAACCUUACUUUUUAGCUGAUCACUGAUCUAGGGUACCACAAGAUAUAUAUGUCAGCGACUGGGAAUGAUUCCAUCACGUUUAUAUCCGUCGACGACGUAAACCAAACAAGUUCAUUAAUCGGUAUACCCUUCUUGAGAGGGAUUAGGUUAUGUACACUUAAAUUUCCUUUCGCAUUAUAGGUAUUUUAACACGUUAUGCGUUCUUAUGUAAUGGUGUGACGCAGUUUUAUCAAAAAUUACAGAUUUUUAGGCCAAAACAAGAUCAAAAACUUGCUUGGUAAUUUAUUUUCUGUAUUGCUAAACCCGCACUAGUUAUAAAUAAAGAGUGGUUGUUUUACAUUACCUAUUGCGUAAUCGUGUCGAAACGAAUAAUAAUGUCGAUAAUAGUGUAAAACACAAACCGAUUACUCUGCAAGGACCCACCAUGAUAAUGAACAUGGAAAAAAUAUGGCACAAACUGCAAAGAAAACGUUAAAAAACCAUUUUGAAUCUUAUAUGAAUGUUGCCGUAGAAACUUGCGUAGAAACCACAUAAAGAGGAUAUCAGCUGAAGUCUUCAAAAACAACUCCGAGUUGGCCUUCUUGUAAGUAACCAGUAAACAUUAAAUCUACUAUUAGUUUGGUCUCUAUUGACCCGCCAUUUUCGAAGAGUUAUGUCACUUACUAACUCUGUGAGAAAAAGGUUUUCUAGCCGCGUAGUUUUUGUUAUGUGUCUGGAACGCAUUUUAAAAAAUGCCUAACUAAAAUCCAUGAUGUAUCUUUUCUGUAGGAGCUUAGCAGGAAACCAGAUAGAGGAGCUACCAGCGGGAGUCUUCAGUAACAACAACAAGUUGCUCAACUUGUGAGUAGGAAGACUAAAAGUUCGUAGUCGACCUCUAUAUUUUUACUGUAAAAUCCUUCUCCAAACUCUUGUUAAUUCUAAAAUACUCAAAUAUUAUCGAACGACAACAAGUUGCCUAAUAAUUUAGUUACUAAUGAGUCAAACCACAAUCGUUUUGAGAGAGAACCUUACUUUUUAGUUGAACACUGAUCAAGAGUACCACAAGAUAUAAAUGUCAGCGAAUGGGAAAGAUUCCAUCACGUUUAUAUCCGUCGACGACGUGAACCAAACAAGUUCAGUAGUCGGUAUACCCUUCUUGAGAGGAGUUAGGUUAUGUCCACUUAAAUUCCCUUGCGCAUUAUUAGUAUUUAAACACGUUAUGAGUUCUUAUGUAAUUGUAUGGCGCAGUUUUAUCAACAAUUACAGAUUUUUAGUCCGAAACAAUUAUCAAAAAGUUGCCUGGUAAUUUAUUUUUUGAAUUGCUAAACCUUGCACUGGCUAUAAAUGAAGAGUGAUUUUUUACAUUAACUAUUGCGUAAUCGUGUCGAAACGAAUAGUAAUGUCGAUAGUAGUGUAAGACACAAACAGAUUAUCGUGCAAGGACCUACCAACACGUAGUAAUAGAUAUGUGCACGGAUUAUUUACAUGUUCAAAUUCUCCGAAUGUCGAGGCUCGUGCCUUAGCGAUAUUGGUAGGAACCUCAAAACAACUCCUAUUGCAACCAUUCGAGCGCCUACAAAUGGUGAUGUCAGCAACUGUUCAACUUAAAUGCAGGACAUAUCCCCAUUUUAAGGACUUAGACAACAACCAAAUAGAGGAGCUACCUCCUGAAGUUUUUCAUAACAACUCGCAGUUGGUCGUUCUGUAAAUAAGUAAACUUAAUGCUUUUGUUUCUACUGGCACUUGAUGUGUUAAGAAUUAUUACAUACCACACCCUCAGUGUAUGUAGCCAACCAUGAAGGCAGUGGAAAAGGGUAUAGUGGUUUGUAGUUUUGCAGUGUCGGACUGCUAGAAGUAAACUCGCCUCUUUGGACCAUCUUUUGGUUUAAUAAAUGACAAAACACUGUAAUUUUCAAACAAAGCCACCAAUCUAGGUUGUUGGUCUUAGCUUUGACGACUAUAUAUUCUAUUUUUCUGAGUUUAUUUGUUUUGUUUGCAUAUGGUAGAUUUCCUGCAUGGCUGCUGCUAGUUAGAGAAGAUUCUUUUUCAUACUGCAAACCUGAUAAUUGGCUGAUGUACAAUUUCUUUCCGAUUUUUCCCAAAGGAACGUGAUAAAUCCAACGCAAAAUUAGCUCAAAAUGAUAAUGAACUUGGAAAAAUAUGGCACAAACUGCAAAGAAAACGUUGAAAAAUUGUUUUAAAUCUUGUCGUAGAACUUUGCGUGGAAACCAGAUAAAGAGGAUACCAGGUGAAGUCUUCAAAAACAACUCCGAGUUGGCCUUCUUGUAAGUAACCAGUAAACAUUAAAUCUAUUAUUAGUUUGGUCUCGAUUCACUCUCCAUUUGCGAAGAGUUAUGUCAUUGACUAACUUUGUGAGAACAGGCUUUUAAGCCAGAUGGUUUUUGUUAUCUAACUGGAUGGCAUUUCAAAAAUGCCAAAUUAAAAUCCAUCAUGUAUCCUUUUUGUAGGAGCCUAAGAAGGAACCAGAUAGAGGAGCUACCAGCUGGAGUCUUCAGUAACAACAACAAGUUGCUCAACUUGUGAGUAGGAACACUAAAAGUUCAUAGUCCACCUACAUAUUUUUACUGUAAAAUCCUUCUUCAAAUUCUUGUUAAUUUGAAAUACUCAAAUACUAUCGAACGACAACAAGUUGCCUAAUAAUUUAGUUACUAAUGAGUCAAGCCACAAUCGUUUUGAGAGAGAACCUUACUUUUUAGUUGAUCACUGAUCUAGGGUACCACAUGAUAUAUAUGUCAGCGACUGGGGAAGAUUCCACCACGUUUAUAUCUCUUGGUGACGUGAACCAAACAAGUACAGUAGUCGGUAUACCCUUCUUGAGAGGGAUUAGGUUAUGUUCGCAUAACCAUAGCAUAUGGUUAUAUAGCAUAUGUCCUUGCGCAUUAUUGGUAUUUAAACACGUUAUGCGUUCUUAUGUAAUCGUAUGACGCAGUUUUAUCAACAAUUACAGAUAUUUAGACCGAAACAAGUAUCAAAAAGGUGCCUGGUAAUUUAUUAGCUGAAUUGCUAAACCUUGCGCUGGUGAUUGACUGAUGUACAAUUUCUUUCCGAUUUUUACCAAAGCAACGUGAUAAAUCCAACGCAAAAUUAGUUCAAAAUGAUAAUGAACUUGGAAAAAUAUGGCACAAACUGCAAAGAAAACGUUGAAAAAAUUGUUUUAAAUCUGAUAUGAAUCUUGUCGUAGAACUUUGCGUGGAAACCAGAUAAAGAGGAUACCAGCCGAAGUCUUCAAAAACAACUCCGAGUUGGCCUUCUUGUAAGUAGCCAAUACACAUUUAAUUUAUUAUUAGUUUGGCUUUCAAGCCAGAUGGUUUUUGUUAUCUGACUAGAAGGCAUUUCAAAAAUGUCCAACUAAAAUCCAUCAUGUAUCCUUUUUGUAGGAGCUUAAGAGGAAACCAGAUAGAGGAGCUACCAGCUGGAGUCUUCAGUAACAACAACAAGUUGCUCAACUUGUGAGUAGGAAGACUAAACGUUCAUAGUAGACCUACGUAUUUUUACUGUGAAUCCUUCUCCAAAUUCUUGUUAAUUUAAAAUAAUCAAAUGCUAUUGAACGACAACAAGUUGUGUAAUAAUUUAGUUACUAAUGAGUCAAGCCACAAUCGUGCUGAAAGAGGAACCUUAUCUCUUAGCCGACCACUGAUCUAGAGUACAACAAGAUAUAUAUAUGUCAGCGACUGGGUUCCAUCACAAUUGUGUCCCUAGACGACGUGAACCAAACAAGUUCAGUAGUCGGUAUACCCUUCUCGAGAGGGGUUAGGUUACGUCCUCUUAAAUAUCAUUGCCCAUGAAAGGUAAUUAAACACGUCAUGCGUUCUUUUGUAAGAGAGUGACGCAGUUUUAUUAUCAGUUACAGAUUUUUAGGCCGAUACAAUAUCAAAAAGUUGCCUGGUAAUUUAAUUGCUGAAUUGCCAAACCUGUACUAGCUAUAAGUAAAGAGUGGUUGUUUUACAUUACCUAUUGCGUGAUCGUAUCGAAACGAAUAAUAAUGACGAUAAUAGUGUAAAGCACAAACUGAUAACUGAAAUCAGGUAAUAUCAUUUCCUAGGGAAUUGGGUAACAACCGGAUCAAGGAGCUGCCACCUGGAGUCUUCAAUAACAACACUGAGUUGAUCUCACUGUACGUAACCUGCCUCUUUUGAUAAUAGCCUUAUAUGUUCCAAGAGUUUAAUCCUGUUAUUAACUAAAUGUGAUCAAGAAGGUCCUGAAGCUUAGUAAGUGUAGUUAGCCUUGAAGAGGGUGAAAGAGAGUGGGACAGCUCAUAGAUGGACGGAGUUAAACAGAAAAGAGAAACCUACCUUAAUUACACAAUUCAUUCAGUUUCAUAAAUGAUCAUAUAGUAGCGUCUAACGUUAGUCCACGUUUAGUAAAUCCCAAUUUCUAUUCCUUUGAUAACUUUGUUUUAUUUGCCAGUAUGAAAAGGAGAUUUCAAGUGUUCUCUCUCAGAACAGGCUUGCCCUUCGCACUUCUUUUCACACCAAUACCACAGUCAAAUGCGAACAAGAUUUGUACUUCGCCAAGGAUUGUUGAAACAAAGCUUUCUUACCUUACAGUUUGUCGUAUUAAAGCUGAAUAAAUUACUUUCGAAGUCAGUAGUUGUUAGUUCCAACGGACAGUUCAUAGAUGGACGGAGUUACACAGAAAAGAGUAACCUACCUUAAUUUCACAAUUCAUUCAGUUUCAUAAAUGAUCAUAUCUUAGUGUCUAACGUUGGUCCACGUUUAGUAAAUUCCAAUUUCUAUGCUAUGUUUUACUUGCCGUAUGAAAAGGAGAUUUCAAGUAUUCUCUCUCAGAACAGGCUUGCACUUCGCACUUCUUUUCACAACAAUACCACAGUCAAAUGCAAAAAAGAUUUGUAAUUUGCCAGGGAUUGUUGAAACAAAACUUUCUUACCUUACAGUUCGUUGUACGGCAACAAGAUCAAUAUUUCGACCAACAAUACAUUCUCCCAUUUAACUAAGCUGCAGUGGCUGUAAGUGACAAGUCUUCCUCGUAUAUCAGCCAUUACAAGUGUCACAACUCACAUCAUCACCCGAAUAGUGCAUAUUCCUUUUCAUCGUUCACAUCCUUCAACUCUUAAAUAACUGCGUAGCAUACAGACCGAUAAAGAACGUCCGCAAUCAAUGAUCAAAGAUGUAACGGCUAAAUCUAACAAGAGACAAGAUCUCAGUAACAAGAUCAGGUACCUCAAAGGCCAAGCCUCGUGUGAAUCUGUUUUGAGUCGCAAAUUAAAACAAGGGUCGUAUUAAAGCUGAAUAAAUUACUUUCGAAGUCAGUAGUACUUUUAUUAACAUUUACAGAUUUUUAGGCCGAUAUAAUAUCAAAAAGUUGCCUGGUAAUUAUUUGCUGAAUUGCCAAACCUGCACUAGCUAUAAGUGAGGAAUGGUUGUUUUACAUUACCUAUUGCGUAAUCGUGUCGAAACGAAUAAUAAUGACGAUAAUAGUGUAAAGCACAAACCGAUUACUGUAUAACUAACAGAAAAAUAGAGUAAAAACACUUGCAAUAGCAACAAUUUUUAACUGAAAACAGGAAAUACCUUUUCCUAGGGAAUUGGGUAACAACCAGAUCAAGGAGCUGCCACCUGGAGUCUUCAAUAACAACACUGAGUUGAUCUCACUGUACGUAACCUACCUCCUCUAA